AUGAAGUUUGUGGCUUUAGUCUCUGGUGGUAAGGAUUCCUGCUACAACAUCCUACAUUGUAUUAAAAAUGGACACUCGUUAGCUGCGCUAGCUAAUUUGCAUCCUGUUAAUGAAAAUGAGCAGGAAUUGGAUAGUUUCAUGUUUCAAACGGUCGGGCAUGAUAUAGUCUCUCUCUACGGUAAAUGUACAGGCCUACCAUUAUUUAGACAGCCCAUUAGGCGCAAUUCAUCAGUAAAUUUGGCUCUGAACUAUUCGAUUACUGAAAAUGACGAAAUAGAGGAUCUCUAUGAAUUGUUAAGGUGUGUAAAACAGGAGCUCAGUGAUGUGCAGGCUGUCAGUGUUGGUGCAAUUUUAUCAUCUUACCAACGGACAAGAGUGGAAAAUGUUUGUAGUAGAUUGGGCUUGGUUGUGUUGAGUUACCUCUGGCAACGUGACCAGUUGCAAUUAAUGCAGGAAAUGUGCAACAUGUCGAAGCAGCCGAAUGACUUUGAGAGCUCCAAAAUGGAUGCAAGAUUGAUUAAGGUCGCCGCCUUAGGUCUGAAUGAAACACAUCUUCUAAAGUCUUUACCUGAGGUUUUUCCAACCCUACUGAACUUGAAUUCCAGAUACGAAGUUCAUAUCUGUGGCGAAGGCGGCGAAUUUGAAACCAUGGUGCUAGACGCUCCUUUCUUUACCAGGGGAAGGUUAGAGGUUUUAGAUGCUAAAAAAGUACAGGAGGGAACUACUGGCGUUUGCAGCGCAAGAAUUACUACGAAUUUCGUUCCUCGUUCACUAUCAGAAUCUGUAAACGAACAAAUAAUAGACCUUCCAGUCCCAGAGUUGGAGGUGGAAUGGGUGGAAAUCUACGAUCUUCUCAAACAGGGGUAUGAAGUGCAUACCAAAGAAUGUCACUUAAUUCCUAAAACUGCGGAAGGUAUUACUUAUAGUGAAAACCCUCUCGGUACAAUGUUUUACAUUAAUAAUUUAGCGCCCAAAGGUAAGGGAACUCUUCAAGAGCAAGCAGCACAGGUUUUUGAUUUUUUGGAUGAUUUACUAAAGAGGAAAGGCUUGUUUAAGUCUCAAAUCCUAUCGGUCACGUUAUUGUUGCAGAACAUGGAAAAUUUUGAGGAAAUAAAUCAAUACUAUAAUAAUUUCUUUGGUAUCGAUAAAUUAGGUCCAUUGCCACCAUCCAGAGCAUGCAUAUCUACACGCUUGUUACCGGUAGACACAUUAUUUCAACUAUCAUUAGUUUUGGACCUCGAUACAUCGAUCUCUUUAAAUGGAGAUAUGGCUUUAAAUGCUAGUAAAGAUGGCUUGCAUGUUCAAAGUAUAUCCUAUUGGUGCCCUUGCAACAUUGGUCCUUAUUCUCAAGCUACCUGGAAUAAAAAUGAUAAUAACCGAGUAUCAUUUUUAAGCGGCCAGAUUGCACUUAUACCUAAGUCGAUGAAAAUGUGCACUGUUCUCAGAAAUGACCCUGAGAACAAUUUAACCAUUGGCUUUUCUCAGGCUGUCAUAUCGUUGCGUCAUUUUCAUACUUUGAAAUCAACUAUUGGCUCCCCUUUGCAACUAUUUGUAACUUGUUACAUUUCAGAAGACUAUAUGGCACAGAUCGUUUCAAAGACGUGGCAAGCUUACUGUCUAAAUCUAUCCUCAGAUAAUGAAUGUCUCUUAACAAUCGUUAAGGUCUCUCAGCUACCCCGCAAUGCGAAAUGUGAGUGGUCUGGUAUAUCCUGUAGGCAGCUAAUUAUUACGGACGAGGAUGAUAAUAGUAGCGAAGAGGAUUCUGACGUUAGGUUUAGAAUAUCAGAAUCAUUAAUUUCCUCCUUUAAACCUACACAAGAAAUGGUUGUUGGAUCUAGGAAUCUGAAAAGACACUACGUAACGAUAUUUUCAGAUUCCAGGGACGAAAUUAUAGCUACUUUAAGUUUAGGGAGAAACUAUCAAGCUACAUUGUUCUAUGUACCUUACGAUGACGGUCCGUUUCCGUUUAGCACAACAUUAGAAUGUAUUCCGGCCGAGUCAGUAUAUGACUAUAAAGGUAUACCAAGGACCUAUGCCUUACAGAUACGCUACUUAACAUAG